AUGCUGCUGCCGCAUCCCAGUCCCCUCGCGCCGCUCCGCGCCAGCUCCUCCUCCCCGGCCGCGCGCCUCCGCUUCCGCCUCCCGUUCCUGUGCUCUCCUUACCCCUCGCCGCUCCUCUCCUCGCCAUGUCCCCGACCCCGAUGGCCUCCGCCGAUUCGCGCCCACGCGUCCGGCGAGCCGAGGCUCGGCGGCCGCCGCGGCGUCUUCGGCCUCGACGCGCUUCUCUCGGCUGCGGAGCUGCUCUGCCUCGCGCCGCCGGCCAUCUGCUCGGUGGUCUGCGCUGCGCGCCUCGUCUUCCUGCCGGCUGGCGCCAGCGCCGUGCCCCCGCCGCUGCUGGUCCUGCAGUACGUGCUCUUGGUGGGCGCGGUGGCCAUCGGCAGCCUGAUACGGCGGAGGCAGUCGGGGCGGCUCCGCCCGGCGGCCGGUGCUGCGGGGGUGGGGGGUGGAUUGACGGGGAGGGUGGAGAAAGUGGAGGAGACUGUCAGGGGUAUGGUGGCGGCAAUUGCUGUGCUCUCGAGGACCGUCGAGAAGCUCGGCCUCAGGUUUAGGGUGUUGCGGAGGACGUUGAGGGACCCUAUCACUGAGACAGCGGCUUUAGCGCAGAAGAACUCUGAAGCCACUCGUAUUCUUUCUGCACAAGAAGACCUCCUUGAAAAAGAAAUUGGUGCAAUUCAAAAAGUUCUUUAUGCAAUGCAGGAACAACAGCAAAAGCAACUUGACCUAAUCCUUGCGAUUGGGGAAGCAAGCAGGAUACUGGAUGGCGAACAAGACUUGUUAGGCAGGGACAGUGCUAGAUCUUCCAGCGCAAGUCCAGCUCCAGAGCUGGAGAACAAACAAGUAGAAACAGAAUCUGAAGCGGUUACAGGAGGAAAUAACAAGUCCUGA